AUGCCCUCCGGCGCCGGCGCCAAGGUCAUGCCCAAGUCCAAGGCCUCCUUCUUCCUCUGCGGCUUCCUGCUCUACGUGCUCCUCCCCGUGCUCGCCGUCUACGUCGUCGCCCUCGCCCUCUCCCCGCUCUACUCCGGCUCCUGCCCGCCGGCCGACGACGCCAGCAAUGCCGUGCAGGCUCGUCUCGCGGCCGACGCGGGUGCCGGCCGCAACGCUUCUUCUUCCUUUUCGUCGUCCAAUAAUGUGAUGCUGCGUUCGCCGGCGCGGCGCGGGGGGAAGCCGAAGCCGUCCGCGGACGCGGCGCCGACGGGGCUGCGGCACAUCCUGUUCGGCAUCGGCGCGUCGUCGUCCAUGUGGAAGAGCCGGCGGGAGUACAUCCGGGUGUGGUGGCGGCCGGGGAAGAUGCGCGGCUUCGUGUGGCUGGACAAGCCGGUGCCGGAGUACUACUCCCGCAACUCCUCCACGGGCCUCCCCGCCCUCAAGAUCAGCGCCGACACGUCCGAGUUCCCCUACACGCACGGCGCCGGCAGCCGCUCCGCGCUGCGCAUCUCCCGCAUCGUCUCCGAGAGCUACCGGCUGGGGCUCCCCGGCGUGCGGUGGUUCGUCAUGGGCGACGACGACACCGUCUUCUUCCCGGACAACCUGGUGGACGUGCUGUCCCGCUACGACCACACGCAGCCCUACUACAUCGGGAACCCGUCCGAGAGCCACAUCCAGAACCUCAUCUUCUCCUACGGCAUGGCGUUCGGCGGCGGCGGCUUCGCCAUCAGCCGCGCGCUGGCCGCGCAGCUGGCGCGCAUGCAGGACGGGUGCAUGCACCGCUACCCGGCGCUGUACGGCAGCGACGACCGCAUCCACGCCUGCAUGUCGGAGCUGGGCGUGCCGCUCACCCGCCACCUGGGGUUCCACCAGUGCGACAUCUGGGGCGACGUGCUGGGCCUGCUGGGCUCCCACCCGGUGGUGCCGCUGGUGACGCUGCACCACUUCGACUUCCUGCAGCCGGUGUUCCCGGCGGCGCGGUCCCGCACGGCGGCGCUGCGGCGGCUCUUCGACGGGCCCGCGCGGCUCGACCCGGCGGCCGUGGCGCAGCAGUCGGUGUGCUACGACCGGGAGAAGCAGUGGACGGUGUCGGUGUCGUGGGGGUUCGCCGUGGUGGUGGUGCGCGGGGUGGUGUCGCCGCGCGAGAUGGAGACGCCCAUGCGCACCUUCCUCAACUGGUACAAGCGCGCCGACUACACGGCCUACUCCUUCAACACGCGGCCCGUGGCGCGCAACCACUGCCAGCGCCCGCAGGUGUACUACAUGCGGCGCUCGCGCAUGGAGCGGCGGGUCCGGCGCCGGCGCACCAACGCGACGCUGGAGACGACCGUGACCGAGUACGAGCGGCACACCCCCGCGCCCAACGUCACGUGCCGCUGGCGCAUCCCCGACCCCGCCGGCCUGCUCGACCGCGUCGUCAUCGUCAAGAAGCCCGACCCCGACCUCUGGAAACGGUCUCCGAGGAGGAACUGCUGCAGGGUGGUGUCGUCGCCCAAGAACGGGACGAAGCUGGAUCGGACCAUGGCCGUCGACGUGGGUGUCUGCCGGGACGGCGAGUUCGCCCGAGUUUAG